AUGUAUUUCAAAGAUUUAUCUUCCAGCCUUGCAACACUUAAUCAGGCUCUGCGAAUAAGGAAAAAACUGUAUGAUGAGAAUCCAAGCUCGAACGGGUAUAGAAAUGUAGUUGAAUGUUACUGUAUUAUUGCACACGUGCAUUACGAUCUUGGCAACAACACUGAAAGUGGAAAAUGUUUAAAAACUGCACUUGAAGUAGGCACCGAUUGCGAUCAAGAACGUUCACUUGCACAUGGUCUUAUUUCUUUGGAACUUCUAUAUUAUUUAAAUGCAGAUGAAAACAUGUACAUGACAUUGUUGGAAAGUUGUUUACCAGUGAUCAAGGAAAAUUAUAAGUCGUUAUUAUCUAUAGUGUAUUUGGGAUUAGGGUCAAAACAAGUUGAGUCAGGAAAGUAUGAGGCUGGUCUAGCGUCCUUUCAUGAGGCCCUUGCCAUUGAGUUGCAGGUCACAUUGGAAAGCAAUUUUGCUAUUCGAUUGACGACAGUUUCAGGCUACAUUACAAUGGUUGAAACCUUAUUUAAUAUUGAAAAAUUUAAAUUGGCGGGAAAGGCCAUUGACAGAGCUUUCCAAAUAGCAGAAUCACUUCGAAUUCCUGAAGUAGAUGGACAGCAUCUUGGGAUCUUUCGAUGUUAUUACUGGAAGGGCCGCAUUCAAAUUGAAAUGCAUGAAUAUAUGACAGCAAUUGAUUCCCUUAAAUGUGCACUUCUGCAACUUUCCAAAAUUCUUCAUGAAUUCUCUGAUACGUUCGACGUAUUUGAGUGUCAUAGCGCGAUAGCAACAGCUUAUUUCUUUGUUGGAUAUUAUAAAGAUUCGCUUACGUCGUUUUAUGAUGCAUUGUCUGUCAUUAAAUAUCUUUUUCCAGAGGGGAGCGAAAAUGAAGCUGAAGUAUAUGUCGCUGUGGCCAAAGUCGCACAAGAAAUGAAAAACAAAACUUUGGAAGUAAGUAAUUUGCGCUUUGGGUACAAGAUGCAUUCAAAAGUUCUGGGAGAAAACCACUCCAAGACAGAAAUAAGCUAUAUUGCAUAUGUUAGAGCUCUUAUGGGUCAAGGUAAUUCGUUGCCAUAUAAUCGUCAUACCAAGUAA